AUGGGCUCCAAUGAGACUGAGGCCUCAGAAAGGAAGGUGAUGUAUGUCAUUACUAUUGAUGGGAAACAAUACACCCUGCAUCUCAGAAAACAAUUAUUCUUAUCUCAGAAUUUUUUGGUUUAUACAUACAAUGAAACUGGAUCUUUUCAUUCUGAUGCUUCAUAUUUUAUGAUGAAUUGCCAUUACCAAGGACAUAUUGCUGAAUUUCCAGAUUCUGUUGUGACACUCAGCAUCUGCUCUGGCCUCAGGGGAUUUCUGCAGUUGGAAAAUAUCACCUAUGGAAUCGAACCACUAGAAUCUUCAGUAAAAUUUGAGCACUUAGUUUAUCAGAUAAAAACUGUUAAUCCUGAUGCAUCGAAGGCAGCAGUACAGUACCACAGUAUCUGGAAAAAAGGCCAACUGUAUAAAGCUCAUUUGAAUGCACAGGAAAAAAAACAUUCCCACUUAUUACCCAAGUAUGUAAAAAUGCACAUUGUAGUGGAAAAGGCUUUGUAUGACUACAUGGGAUCAGAUAUUAUGGUUGUAACAAAGAAAAUUUUCCAAAUUAUUGGACUUGUCAACACUAUGUUUACUCAGUUCAAAUUGACCAUUAUAUUGUCUUCCUUGGAAUUGUGGCCAGAUAAAAACCCAAUUUCGACCAGUGGGGAUGCUGAUAAUAUUUUACAAAGAUUUUUGGCAUGGAAACGAAACUAUCUUACUCCAUGGCCCCAUGACAUAGCACACUUACUUAUUUACAGGAAACAUCCUAAAUAUGUUGGAGCAACAUUUCCUGAUGCAAUAUGCAAUAAAAGCUAUGAUGCAAGUGUUGCUGUGUAUCCAGAAGAUAUAAGUUUGGAGGGAUUUUCAGUUAUUAUAGCCCAAUUGCUUGGCUUCAAUAUAGGAUUAAUAUAUGAUAACAUCAAUAAUUGUUCCUGCUCAAGAGAUACAUGCAUUAUGCAACAGAAAACAGUGAGUUCCAGUGGUAUAAAGACUUUUAGCAACUGUAGCAUGAAUGAUUAUAGGAAUUAUGCUUCAAAAUUUGAGACAAAAUGUCUUCAUUACCAUUCAGAUAUGCAAAUAUUUUAUAAAAAUCCGCCAGUAUGUGGAAAUGGAAUUUUGGAACCUAAUGAAGAAUGUGACUGUGGUAAUGAAAAGGAAUGCCAAUUUAAAAAGUGCUGUGACUAUAAGACGUGUAGACUGAAAGGCUCAGUAAAAUGUGGCUCUGGGCCAUGCUGUACAUCAAACUGUGAGCUGUCAGUGGCAGGCACUCCUUGCAGGAAGAGCGUUGACCCAGAGUGUGAUUUCACAGAAUACUGCAAUGGAACCUCGACCCACUGUGUCCCCGACACUUUUGCGCUGAAUGGCCAUUCGUGCAGUUUGGGAUCUGCAUUCUGUUACAAUGGACAAUGCCAAACUACUAAUAGCCAGUGUGCCAAUGUGUUUGGAAAAGGUGCUCAGGGUGCUCCCUAUGCCUGUUUUAAAGGAGUUAAUUCUCCACAUGAGAUAUUUGGAAACUGUGGUUUAAAAACUUCACAACCAUUGCCCUGUGGACAGAAGGAUGUUGUCUGUGGAAAACUAGUUUGUGUUCAGCCCUAUAAUAAUACUUAUAAAAUCAAUGCUCAGUCCAUAUUGUAUUCACAUGUCCAUGAUAAUGUGUGUCUUUCCAUACCUCCUGGGUCAUCUGUGAGACCAGAUGGAAGAGAUAAUGCCUAUGUGGCCGAUGGAACUGUGUGUGGACCUAAAAUGUUCUGUGUAAACAAAGCCUGCAAAGCAGUUUCUCUAGGGAAUAAGUGCAACGCUACUGAGAAGUGCAAAGGGAAUGGGAUAUGCAAUAAUUUUGGCAAUUGUCAAUGCUUUCCUGACUAUAGGCCUCCAGAUUGUGAAUUACAGACUGGUUCACCAGGAGGCAGUAUUGAUGAUGGAAAUGUUCUUAAAUCUGAUACAUUUUUUGUUAAAAUGGGCCUCAGUAAUCAUCGGGACAACUGGAUUAUUCUGAGUUUCUUCAUCUUUCUGCCAUUUUUCUUAACUUUCAUCAUUGGGGUCAAGAGGAGAAAUGAAAUAGGAAAGUCAUGCAACAGAGAUAGUGAAGGGUAUGAGUGGUGA